AUGGUAAUUUUAACCAGGUCAACUAAGUUAAUUACUUCUACAGGAGGACAAGAAGAUCGUAUCUUAGAGACUGAAAAUACUGUUUCAUCAACUGUAUCUAUGGAAGUAAAACGUAGGGAUGUUACUCCAGUGGAUGUUGAUGAAACAGAAGUUGUGUUUACUGAGCUUGUUCCGGUUAAUUCUUUUACUGACUCAGUUGCGGAAUCAAUUGGUUCGUUAAAAGAAGAACAAAGGAUAUCCUUUUUAGCAGGUGUAUUACUUGAAACAAGAACGAGGUCGAGUCUUCUCUUUGGCAUAUCAUAUUCGGAAAAACCACUUGACGAUUCCGAUAAAGACAGGGAUUACAAUGUAACCGACAGCGAAGACAGUAGUGAAGACGAAUAUGUUCCGCUCAAGAAAAGAAAGUUGAUUUGCGAUAGAGGAAAAAACAAUUCAAUUGUAUCAAACCCAAAACGUGCCGAAGAUGUUACCUCUAACAAAACAGCCGAAUGUGUACCCGAUGCAGUGGAGUUAAUCAAUAUAGAAGAUCGGACAGUUUAA